AUGAGACACAGCUUGAAAUAUUUUGACAAAAUGAGAUGCUUGCGGAAACGAUCAGCAGUUUCAUUCUUAGGAGUCCUUGUCAUUUGCUUGCUAUUCAUGAACUUGUACAUUGAAGAUGGUUAUGUUUUGGAAGGGGACAAGCAAUUAAUCAGAGAAACAGCCACGCACCAGCUCAACCCAGAGCGCUAUGUUCACACUUUUAAAGAUUUGUCUAAUUUCUCAGGAUCUAUAAACAUUUCCUAUCGCUACCUAGCUGGCACGCCUUUGCCAAGGAAAAGGUAUCUUACAAUUGGACUAUCCUCUGUGAAACGGAAAAAGGGAAACUACUUGCUUGAGACCAUCAAGUCCAUAUUUGAGCAGUCAAGUUAUGAGGAACUCAAAGAAAUCGCAGUGGUAGUGCAGCUGGCAGAUUUUGACUCAACCUGGUGUGAAGGCAUGGUCCAGGAUAUUUCACAGAAAUUUGCACAUCACAUAAUUGCAGGCAGAUUAAUAGUUAUUCACGUCCCUGAGGAGUAUUAUCCUGUACUGGAUGGCCUCAAGAGAAAUUACAAUGACCCAGAGGACCGUGUGAAGUUUCGAUCCAAACAAAAUGUAGAUUAUGCUUUCCUUCUUAACUUUUGUGCUAAUCUUUCUGACUAUUAUGUGAUGCUAGAAGAUGAUGUUCGCUGCUCAAAGAAUUUUUUGACUGCUGUUAAGAAAGUAAUUACCUCACGAGAAGGUUCCUACUGGGUGACUUUGGAAUUCUCCAAACUGGGGUACAUUGGAAAGCUUUACCAUUCCCAUGACCUCCCACGCCUGGCCCACUUUUUGUUGAUGUUCUACCAAGAAAUGCCUUGCGAUUGGCUGCUCAUCCACUUUCGUGGGCUGUUAGCUCAAAAGGAAGUGAUACGUUUUAAGCCCUCUCUGUUCCAACACAUGGGAUACUACUCGUCUUACAAAGGAGCUGAAAACAAGCUAAAGGAUGAUGAUUUUGAAGAGGAAUCAUUUGAUAUCCCUGACAACCCACCUGCAAACUUGCACACCAACAUGAAUGUAUUUGAAAACUAUGAGGCGAGCAAGGCUUACAGCAGCAUUGAUGAGUACUUCUGGGGAAAAGCUCCUUCUACUGGAGACUUCUAUGGGAUUGUAUUUGAAAAGCCCAUUAAAAUCAGUAAAAUUAAAGUUGUCACUGGAACUGAAGAUCGGCAAAAUGACAUUUUGCACCACGGGGCCCUGGAAGUAGGAGAGAAGACUGUAGGGAGUAAAAAAGGGAGACAAUGUACUACUUACUUGAGACUAGGGGAAUUCAAAAAUGGGAAUUUUGAAAUAACAGAUGUAGAGCACAAAGUUUUGUUUGAUAUUAACUGCAUGAGAAUACUUGUCACCAAAAGUCAAAAAGAAUGGCUGAUCAUUAGGAGCAUUAGCAUCUGGACUUCUCAAACACCAAAUCAAUAA